AUUUGAGCAAAGGAAGCCCCAAGAUUCAGUGAAUACGACAGCUGUGAUUAAUCAGCUCUUCUUUGUGAGACACAGAAUUACCAAACCUACAUGAUCAUUCAGAAGAGUAUUUCUUCUUUGUUACUCUUGUUGAUGGACUAUUUGUUUGUUUUAUUGGAUUCUAAGGGUGACCUUCUGCAGUUUUAUUCACCAAGUGGACUUUCCCUUGAGAAAUUGAAAUUCCUUGUUGGUUGAGACGAAGAUUUAAAAAUGGGUCCUGGAGUGAAUAAGGAGAAAAUGAAGCCAAGAGGCGGAUCAAAAUGUUAUACAUUAAGUGUUACUUUACUCUUGUGGAAUAUCAACAGAUUAGUUAUUCCAGUCGAAGGAUUUUCACUUAGGUCUUGCCGAAUCAGUUACAACAAUGCCAUAUGUACCAAGAGUAAACUCACAGCUGUUCCUCAAGAUAUUCCCCCAACCGUGCAAGGUUUAGACUUGUCUGCAAACCAACUUAUAAAAAUACAAUCAUCAGAUUUCAAACACUUAGCACUUUUGACACAGUUAGAUCUAAACCGAAACAGAAUUUCAAAAAUAGAUACAGGAGCCUUUGCCAAUCUGAUUUCCCUCAAGAAGUUAAAUCUAAACAAUAACAAACUUGAUAAACUUGUGGAUAAUCUUUUUGAUGGUUUGCGCAACCUCAUGGAGCUAAGAAUUAACAAUAAUCACAUCAACAGUGUGGGAUCCGCUACUUUCACGUCACUGAGAAGCUUGAGGUUUUUGGACAUCUCUUACAAUAAACUGCGCAGCAUAACAAAAUUUAAUUAUACAUUACAGUACCUGCCAAAUCUACGAGUUCUGUCAAUCAAAAACAACGACUUAACCGUUUUUAAUUCGUGGCAGCUGACAAACCGCUCACUACCGCUCACAUCCCUUGAUUUGUCUCAAAAUUCCAUUGCAGCCUUUAGGAUCACUGCAGAUGUAUUUCCAAAUCUCACCUGGUUUAACAUGGGCGCCUCUUUUAAAAAGCACAAGAUGAUAUGGGACGUGCGUAACGAGACUUUUCUUAGUCAAGUGUCUACUCUUGAUAUAAGUGGGCUUCACUUGCCUGAUGACAUUAAAGCAUUUCUAGGGAGCUUCAGUUCUCUGACUUCACUGAGGAUGAAUGGAAUGAAACGUAACAGACUACCAGCACUGAUCAACAUUUCCUGCACCAUCCCGUCAGUGACCACACUCCAACUCCGAAGUAACAAUCUCACUUUUGUCGAUUCAGAUAUGUUUCAGUUGUGCAUUAAUGUAACAGAAUUAGAUUUAACAAGUACUUACAUAACAAAUAUCCAAGAUGAGGCCUUCAGAUCUAUUCGAGGUUUGAGGAUCUUGAGUCUGAGUCGUAACAGAAUUGCAUCCGUUCCAGCUGCCACAAGGAAUAUACCAACUCUCUCAGAGCUGGAUCUCAGCGCUAACCUCAUCGCCUCACUCGGAUGUCACGAUUUCGCCAAUCUGACAAAGCUCAGACAGCUCAACCUGUAUAAUAAUAAAAUCUCAGCUCUACAAGAGUGUCUUUUCAAGGAUUUAAUAGGAUUGCAAGUUUUAAAGCUACAGAACAACCAAAUCUCCAUACUAAACGGUGCUUUUAAAAAAUACUUGCCAAAUCUUCGAAGACUGCAUUUGAAUGAAAAUAAACUCACUGCCAUUGAAUAUGGAGACUUUCAGGGUCUGAAGUCACUCCAGAACUUGUCAUUGCAUCAAAAUCAAAUACAAUCCAUUAAAAAGGGGUCUUUUAUUGGAUUGACAAGUCUUACAGAUAUUCAGCUGCAAAAUAAUGACAUUAAACAAGAGGAAAUAAAAACAUGCUUUAAUGUUCUGACAAAUUUAAGAAGAUUGGAAUUGAGGGACAAUCACAUUAAGUACAAAGACAGUUCAGCUUUGCCUAAUCCACCAUUUUCUCAGCUGUCCCUUCUGGAGACAUUAGCUAUUCCUGCACAACACUACAGGGGGAGGUCCCAGCUGCCUCGCAACUUCCUGCAAGGUUUGACAAAUCUAUUGGUUUUUAAUAUCAGGAACAUUCAACUUUUGUACCUGCACAAAGAUAUGUUUAAUUACACGCCUCGACUGCAGACACUUGACAUUAGCUCAAAUGAACUAAAGGAUCUCUCUCCGGAUUUGUUUUCCCCAAUUCGAAGCCUAAAAAGCCUCUACAUAUCUAGAACAAAUCUUCAGUCUCUAGAUUUCUUUAUAGAAGCCAACCUUACUAAUCUCGAGUUCCUUCAGGCAAGAAAGAAUAUGUAUUCAGUAAUCAGUGAGGAAGUAAUAAAGUCCCUGCCAGCUCUUAUUUAUAUGGAUUUUCAAGGCAAUAGUUUCACUUGUGACUGUGAUAACGCCUGGUUCCUCCAGUGGGCGCAAAACAAUACCUAUACGCAAGUUUUUGACGCCUACAACUUUGGGUGCAACUAUCCUCCAGACUAUAAAGAUACAAAACUGUUGGACCUCAAUAUCAACUCCUGCUCAGUUAGCAUAGACUUCAUCUACUUUGUCUCCAUCACAUCCAUAAUCCUCCUGUUCAUGGUGGCGUCCUUCACCUGCCAUUUCCUGAGGUGGCAACUGGUCUACGCCUACUACUACUUCUUGGCUUUGCUCUUUGACACAAAACAUAGAAACAAGCAAGCUCCUUAUCAGUAUGAUGCCUUUAUCUCCUACAACAACCAUGAUGAGCCAUGGGUAAUCAGAGAGCUGUUGCCAAAACUGGAAGGAGAGCAGGGCUGGAGAUUGUGUCUGCACCAUCGAGACUUUGAGCCAGGUAGACCGAUCAUAGACAACAUUACAAAUGGCAUCUAUGGAAGCAGGAAGACCAUCUGUGUGAUCAGUCGCAGAUACCUCGAGAGUGAGUGGUGCUCCAGAGAGAUCCAGGCAGCCAGCUUCCGUCUGUUUGAUGAGAAGAAGGACGUGCUGAUCCUGGUGUUUCUGGAGGAGAUUCCCACCUUUCAGCUGUCUCCUUUCUACCGCAUGAGGAAGAUGCUGAAGAGGCGCACCUACCUGAGCUGGCCGCGGGCCGGGGAGCGCACCGAGCUGUUCUGGAAGAAACUCUGCCAGGCUCUGAAGAGCGGAGAAGAUCAUGGUGAGGACAGGUUCCGCCUCACUGUCGUGGACAGACCGUGACAGAAAGGAAAUACAAUCCUGUCUGUGUGAGGUUCACAGCCAAGAGCAGUUUACUGGUUAGGAAUUUGUUUUAUUACUAAAUUGCCAAAGGUACAUCUGAAGGAGGUUCCUGCUAUUAUAUGCAAACUGAAAUGGAAAAUCAGGAGCCACAACAGUCUAUGCCACCAAACUGGGAGCCCAAGUUAUGACUUAUUCAUUUUUCCAUUCCAAGACUGACUAUGCCACCAAACUGGAAGCCCAAGUUAUGACUUAUUCAUUUUUCCAUUCCAAGACUGAGUAUGUGAGCUCCUGUGCCUUUAACGUCUCUGUUGAGCCAGUGAACAUAAUGGCAGAUAAAUAGGUGGCAGAGAAUUAAAUAUACACUGCAAUGUAUAUAUAAUAUCAUCACCUCAUCAAAAAUACUUUAGCUCAAUAAAUUAAAACAUAUAGAAAAUUUGAUCAGGUUCAGAGAAGAGCUUCUGAACUAAUUCCAGGUCUGAAAAAGAUUUCACAUGGAGAGGUUAAUAAUAUUACCGACUCAAGUAUACAGGAGAUAUAGAGGAGGCAUGACUGAGGUAUAUGGGCUUGUUCACAUAAUAUAUGAUAUCACAGCCAAGCUUCCACUUUUGGAGUUCCAACAACUUCACACUCUUAAUAAAUUCUGGUCAACAAAGAUGUUUUGCAUAAUUAUAACGCUUUUUUGUGAUCAUUUGUGACAUUACUGUGAUUUUAAGUAAGUUGUGUUAUUUUUAUGAUUUGUUUUGAGAUGUAGGGUCUGAUAUGCAGAAUGUAUAUCCUGUGCCAAAAAACAAAUAUCACAUCUCCACUCUACUUGCCUGUUGGGUUUGAUAAAAAUCACAGAUCCCUUUCAGAUAAUUUUUUUCAAACAGUCAGCUGUGCAGUGAUACAAUCUGUGAACCUGCCGCAGUUUCAUUUCACUCUAAUAGACAGGGUGCAGGAAGGUUUUCCAUUACAUAAUAUUAAAAUGAUUAGUUUCAUUACCUUUGAAGUCUGUGCAGCUUCAGGCACAAAAACAACUUCUUCAGGUUUCCAAACAUAAUAAAUGAGUAAGAACAAAGUAGUAGGUAACAAUAGAAUAAAGUCUCAGGUUUGAAUAUUUAAAAGGAGAAAAGUGUAUGUUAAGGGGUUUAAGGGCUAAUGUAUCAUUGAUUAAUUUGACAUGCAUUUCUGAAUCUGCUGUUUAAAUUAUUAUUAUUAUUAUUAUUUUAUUUUUUAUUGCAACUUUAUUGUUCAUUAUUAGCCAGACAACAAUCUCUCUUUCAAAUCUGUCCUCUUGUCUUAGUAUUGUUACUAUUUUACUGCGUCUGCAUAUUUCAAAGUGCUCAUGUUGAUUUAUUGCAGUCUAAUUGACUUUUUACUGACUGAUUUAUCAGUUUACAGUAGUAAUUUGCCCAUGUAUAUUUUAAUAAUUUUAAGACAAAAAUGUUCUCCUUCUUUUCAUAUGAUUUGUUCUAUAUAAAUAAAAUGAAAUGCUCAAGUCUCAAUUUCAAAUAUUCUUUAAAUGUAAUAGCUGAAAAAGUUGUGUUGAAGCUAUGAAAUGACCUGUGUGGACAUGAAUGUAUGGAAACCCAUUUUGUCAGUUUUCUUAAACACCUCUGUUUUAAUAAAAUCUUUGACAAUAU